GCGACCGCCUGGGGUGGCGAACUACGGCGGCUUAGUCUCGAACUUGCUGAUGGGCAACCCAGAUCGCCGGCGGCCUUUGCGAGCGCAUGCGCAGCGCUAGCAGCGGUAGCUGAGGGUCUCCGACAGGAGCCCGGGCUGGGUGUGGCCCUUCCUUCAACGGAGCCCCCGCCGCCCCCACAUGGCCCUGCCGCAGCGUCCCCUGCGAGCUAUGCACAACUGCUACGGCAGGUGGACCAGCUGCAAGGAGCCUUAGCGCGAGAGAAGCUCGUCAGCGCAUCGCUGCAGGCCGAAAUCGAAACGAUCCGUGCGCUACGUGGGACUGGUCUCCUCAUCUCGUGA